ACGCGCUCUGCUAAUGCGUAGCUUUUCACAUAAACAAAACCUCCUCUUCCUCCUCCACAAAGAAACCCCAAAUUAUUGCCAUCAUCUCAUCUUCUCCCUCACCAACACCCAAAACCCUAACCCCAAAUCGCUUCAAAUUACGUAUGAACGGACAUUUCUGAAAGGCAGGUUAUUGGAUCGAUUCGAUUCCUUGGUUUGUAGGACCAGCAGAACUGUGUUUGUUUGAAUUCAAUUGAUUUUCAACAAACAAUGUCUGCGAUUGUGUGUGGGAAGAGAUCGUUCUUUGAAGACCUUCCAACGUCGCCGAAUUCUGCAUCUCCUCCUGCUGCCAAGAAACUUCGUUGCUUCACUUCGACUUCUCCGGUUAGGUUUUCACCUUUUACUAACUCGCCUCCGUCGCCGUCGCUCAUUGAUAAGCUCCGAUCGUUUUUCCCUAGUAUGGAUAAGAAGCUUCUGGAGAAAGCACUAGAAAAGAGUGGAAACGAUUUAGGUUCUGCCAUCAAAAGUCUCAACGAGCUCUGUCUGGGAUAUGCGGAUGGGGCCUCAGGUUCACCAGUGCAGUCAAAUGCAAUAACUGAUAAAGGUUCGGCUACUGCCAGUGAAGAUAUUGUUUCUUUGGAGAACCCAUCAGCUAAUGACAACAUCCCCAAAAGUGGUGCAGAAUGGGUUGAAUUGUUUGUCACAGAAAUGACAAGUGCUACCAGCAUUGAUGAUGCUAGACUUCGUGCCAUGAGGGUACUGGAGAGUUUGGAGAGAUCCAUUAGUGAGCAUGCUGGUGGUGAGGCAGCAGAAAAUCUUCGCAAGGAGAAUCUACUCUUCAAGGAACAAAUUGAAGUUCUUCUGCGGGAGAAUGCAAUACUGAAACGUGCUGUAGCUAUUCAGCAUGAACGUCAGAAAGAGUACGAUGAAAGGACUCAAGAAGUGCAGCAGUUAAAGCAGUUGUUAUCCCAAUAUCAAGAACAGCUGAGGACACUUGAGGUGAAUAACUAUGCAUUGACGAUGCAUCUGCGACAAGCUCAGGACAACAAUUCAAUUCCCGGACGAUUCCAUCCUGAUAUCUUCUAAUAAAGAGGUGGAGAUAAGAGAGCUAGACAUGGUGCUGAGAGCAUUGUGGAUAGAUUUUGGUUAUAAAUAUUGUUUGUUUGAAAAUCUACAUUUGCCAUGCAGUUAAAUGGCAAGUAGAUUUCGUUAUAUCUUCUUCGAAACAUGGAUGCUUUUGGUUGAUUAAUUUAAAGGGUAAGACCCCAGUUUAAUUCUUGAUA